GAGCGCCUGGAAGUUACAUUAUACGAAUUUGCAAUCGUGAUUUUUUGAAAACAUUUGUGGUGAAUUCAGGUGACAAACAGUGCAUUCGAUAGUUACAAUUAUUGGUCAUGCGAUAUAUGGUAUUUAUAAUACCUUGCCUGCUUGUUCUACAGCCAAUUUGUUGCGAGAUGAGUUAUAUUAUGGACGGGUUCAAAGAAAACACAACCACAGUCCCCUACCAGUGUGACACAUUUACCCACGAGGAAGAUUAUGAGGUUCACUGUUACGGGAAGUAUUUGACUGAAAUCCCGAGAACUUUGAACACAUCUCUCAAUAAGCUAAUUAUUACGGAUUCCGAUUUAAAAUUUCUCACGCGAAACUCCUUCCAAGCAUAUGCAAACAAAUUGCAAGAUGUGACUUUAUCAGGUCUUCGCUAUAUUAGAGUGAUCGAGGAAGGAGCGUUUGCUAACAUUCCGAAUUUACGCACAAUUUACAUAUACAAUGCUCCAGAGUUAAAAUUUUUACACGGACUGUUGAAAGACGUUACUUCUACAAAUUUUAAAACUUUGAGAAUUGUAAACACUGGACUACAUGAUGUUCCGGACUUUAUUCAUUUGCCUCCAGAAAACACGAUGUUUUUGCUGGACUUGGAUCACAAUAAAAUAGAAAAACUUGAAUCAAACUCGAUUAAAGUAUCAGCUCUCCAGGUGACAAUCAAUUUCAACAGUAUUGUAAAAAUUGAAGAUUACGCUUUUAACGGAUCUCAAAUAGGAAGGCUACAUAUUCGUGCUAAUCCUAAACUCACCGAAUUAGGAGAUAACGCUUUCAGUGGAAUGCAAAAUCUUCGGGAGCUGGAUUUGUCUCAAACCUCUAUAAAGAAUUUGCCGUACGUAGGCCUAGAAGCUAUCGAGACGCUUAAAAUAUUGGACACUCCUUCUCUCCAAACGGUUCCAAGUCUCUAUGAUUUGUCAGGUUUAAGAGUAGCUAAGUUGACUCAUCACUUCCACUGCUGCGCGUUUAAGUAUCCUCAACAACACAGUCCAUCUAAGCAUGCCGCAUACCAAGAGACCAUGCAACAAUUUUGCAUGCAAGCCAAAGUAAACGAUUUUAAAAAAAGAAAAAGGUCGACGGACUACACAAAUUACAAAUUUACUCAAGGAGAAAAUGACCGAAAUUUGACAAAUUUCACUUCGCCGUUAAUAUCCAGUACACUUCAAGCUAUAUACAAUAGAGUUCACGAAAAACAAGUUAAAGAGUUAGCCAUUACUCCACUGCGGGGACAAUUUAUUGGACACCAAAAACCCAGAGAAGAAGAUAGCUUGGUUGAUGAAGACGUAGGAGUUUUUCAUUCACAACCAACCAAAAUUAACAAAACCGCCAUUGACAUAUUUUGUGGAAAUAUUACCUUCAGAAAACAAAACGUAAAUUGCAUUCCGGAACCGAACGACCUGAAUCCAUGCGAAGAUAUUAUGGGUUUUACUUGGUUGAGAAACGCCGUAUGGCUGGUUGUAAUAUUAGCUGUGGUUUCUCGUUUGCAAUUUAGCAUUUGCCGAUUUUUGUAUGGGACUUUAUCUGUUGCUUAUCGGAAGUAUGGACUAUCAUUCGGUUGGAGAGUAUUUUAACUUCGCUUAUAACUGGCAGUAUGGUAUCGGUUGUCAAUUUGCCGGAUUUUUGACAGUUUUUGCUGGUCAUUUGUCAAUAUUUACCCUGACUAUUGUCACCAUGGAGAGAUGGUUUGCAAUCAAAUACGCUAUAGAUUUGACGAAGAGGAUAAGGC